AAGAUGGCGUCGUUCAUUUGAAUUUGAGUUCAUCAUCGGUGUUGGGGUAGUUAAACGGAUUUGUGAAUGUGGGCGACAUAAUAUUGUAAUGCAAUGACUUCUUCUCCUUCUUCUGAUAGAAAUAUGGACGAAAACAAGGAACGUAGAUUACGUUUAAGAAAAAAUGUUCUGGAAGAAAUUAUAAGUUCAGAAGAAUCUUACAUAAAGCAAUUGGAUAUGCUACUUAAUGGUUUCGUCCGUCCUGUUCGUGAUAAAAACACAAUACCAAAACAAAAUUUCUCUGCUAUAUUUGGUGACAUUGAACCUCUUUAUUCAUUAAACAUUGUGUUACAUGAAGAGUUGCGUCAAUCAGAAAAUGUUGGAUCUGCUUUCUUUAAAAUAGCACCAUAUCUCAAACUAUACUCUACAUAUGCUCAUGAUUAUGAACUUGCCACCCGUUCCCUACAGGCCUUGAGAAAAUCCAACAAAGCAUUUGAAGCAUUUGUUAGCCAACAAGAACGCUUACCCAAUAUUUCUAGGAAACUGGAAGCUUUGCUAAUAGUGCCAAUUCAGCGUGUUCCCAGAUACCGGCUACUCCUCACUGAAUUGAUUGCCCAUACUGAUCAAACAGAAGAAGAGUACACUAUACUGAAUGCUGCACUUAAGCAAAUUGAAGCUGUUGCCCAUCACAUCAAUGAACAGAUUCGCGAACAGGAAAACGUGCAAAGAAUGAUUCGAAUACAACGUUCACUAGCACAAGGAAACCCUAAAAUAAUCACCCCCGGUCGGCGAUUGAUUAAAGAAGGAAGUUUGAGGAAAGUUUCGGCUGAUAGUGAAUCCGCCCAUCACAGAUAUUUUAUCCUCUUCAAUGACAUGUUGCUGUAUUGUAGAGUUCGUUCCCCUGGUAGUGAAAUUUACCAUAAAGGUUCUCUAAUCUGUAACUGUGUCCUGCCACUUCGUCAUUGUAAAGCAGAAGCCGUAGUAGGAGAUGGAUUGUUCAGAGUGACUUGCAGAGACGAAUGUCUUCUGCUUUGUUCGGAUACCGCUGAAGAAGGCAAAAAAUGGGUUGAAACUAUAAAUGCCGCCGUCCAGCAGUUGGAAGCCAACUUUAGAACGCUUAGAAAGGAGAGCAGCAGCCGACGACCAAUAAAGAAGCGUCAACUGCACCAAAAAGACAGCUUAAUGCGGAAAUUCCACCAAAAGAAACUUACACUAACAGACCAAAAUACCUGUUCCCCAAAUGCUUUUGAGGUGCAAGUGCUUAGGUCCGAAAACAUCGAUUCUCACUCUCCUCGUCAAAACUCUACCAGCAAGUCGCCACGCAUUAUCAAGUUACCCAAAUGGCCGGAGUCAUGUUCCGGGUCGCCUUCGUUCACUUAUUCUCCUCGCAAACUUUUGGCAUUUGUGUCUCCAUCGUCACCACAUUCUUCGCCAGUUCAUGAGGCACCACCAGUAUUUAAUUUCUGUUCUCCGCCUAUCCAAACAGAUUUUACGUUUAAUACAGAUUAAGAUAGCC